ACAGACUGGAGGUCCUCUGUCACCCGCGGAAAUGUUCAAAACAGAGAAACUAAAAGCUUUGCUGAAUGAGCGACUGAAAGCCGCCGCUGAGGACAUAUUCAGCAUCUUUGAAACAACUAUUAAAGAGUACGAGGAGGCGGUUUUUCGUUCAAAACAGGAUGUCGACCAACAACGGAGGAGGCUGGUCGGGUUGAAAGCCCCCUUGCAGCUCUCCAUCCAGGAAGAGGACACUCCCUCUGAGCAGGAUCACUGUGAGAAGAAGACAGACCUGUGUGAGGAUGACCUGGAGCCCCCGCAGAUUAAAGAAGAGCAGGAGGAGGAACUGUGGACCGCUCAGGCAGGGGAAAAGCAGCAGGGAGAAGCUGAUACUAAAGACUCUAUGUUUAAUAUAAUUUAUGUGCAAAGGAAUGAUGACGAUGGAGGAGAGCUCCCAAAUCAAAACCAAGGAGUUGAAAAUAAAGGAGACCAUUUGCUCAGCAGCUCACUUGAGCAGCUGAAAUCUGAACCUGAUAGAGAAGCCUGUGGUGCAUCAGAGCCGACUGGUGACUGUCAGAUGACUGGAGUCAGUGACGAUGAAUGGAGAGACAGCGGAGGAUUUCACUCCAGUGGGAACAGGAAGAAACUACAGCAAGCUGGUGAGACAGCAGACAGGCCGUACACCUGCAGCGUCUGCAACAUGAAUUUCAGGAUUAAAUCCAUUCUGACUCGCCACAUGAAGACACACACGGGAGAGAAGCCUUACAGCUGCAGCAUUUGUGGCAAAAGCUUCAUCCAGCGCUCAUAUCUGCAGACUCACAUGAACUCUCACUCCGGACAGAAACCGCACACGUGUAGAUUCUGUGGCAGAGGGUUCACACAGGUUGGAAACAUGAACGCCCACAUACGAAUCCACACGGGGGAGAAACCUCACCGCUGUGCUGACUGUGGUAAAAGUUUUAGAGAGAAAGCAGAUCUCAUCAAGCACACAAUAAUACACACUGGGGAGAAACCGUACAUUUGCACUGUAUGUAACAUGAAAUUCAGCGCUCAGUCUAAUUUAACGCGCCACAUGAAGACUCAUUCAGGGGAGAGGCCAUAUAGUUGCACUGCAUGUGGGAAAAGAUUCAUUCGGCGUUCCCAUUUAGUUAUUCACAUGAAGACGCACACAGGAGAGAAUCAUACACCAUAAUUACAAUUAUUUUGGUCAAUAUUGAGAUCAAGAUUUAUUUCACCAGGAAGUCUGAAUUUAUUGAACUUUACAAAAACAACAACAUAUCUUUUUAGCAGUUGAUUUUCCCAAAUUUAAAAUAUAUAUUGUUUUAAAGAAAUACAUGUAAAAAAAAAAAAAAGAGAGAGAGAGAGAGAGAAAAAGAAACCAAACAAAUAAUAUAUAAAUAUAUUAAAAUACUGUACAAUGACGGUUUAAUCUUGAUUACAUUGCUUUGAUAAUCGCUGGAAGCCAAAAAUCUAAUUCAAUUAGUCGCUCAGCCCUGUCAUAGUAUUUACUUGAUCAUUUCCUGGGUAGAGUGGAUGAAGAUCCAAAUGAGAGGAGUUAAAACAUUUUAAAGUUUUUGUACAAACCGUGUUCUCUCUGUUGUUGAUUUAUAGUUGUGCACUGCAGAAUAAAGGACUCAGCAAAUUGUAAAACUA